CUUAUGUCGGAAGAGGAGUCCAGCAGUAAUAGCUCAAAGCAACGCACCAUUUCUGAGUCGAAUGGAACCUUUUCGCACUCUCUUGCAACACCAAGAAGAGCGUAUUCAGCAACAGAUCCAAGACUGCUAUUCGGAAAGCGGUCUUCCAUUUCUACUCUUUUUGAAGAAGAGCCAUUUGUGCAUAGAGGAUAUGAGUCAAGUGAUGAGGAAAGGAAAAGAGCACGUGAACCAGUAGACAAAUUUCGCUUGAUUAUGCUAACUUUGGCUAUGGCGGGUAUUCAGUGUUGUUACGCAGUUCAGAUUGGACAUGGCAGUCCUACUCUGGAAAAAUUAGGUUUACCAACAGAACUUGUUUCUUUGGCUUGGUUGGCUGGCCCACUUUCUGGUAUUAUUGUUCAACCUAUCAUUGGCAUUCUUUCAGACUCUUGCCAACAUCCGUUUGGAAGAAGAAGACCUUUUCUCGUUGCUGGAACAGUUUUUACUUCAUUGGCGUUGAGUUUAUUAGGUAAUGCCGAUGUUAUCGGAUAUCUGUUUGGAGACAGUGUCGACUCUCAACCUGUUGGAUUAGCUAUUGCCAUCAGCGCUUUUUUCUUGCUUGAUUUUAGUAUUCAGGCGAUUCAGGCUCCCUUAAGAGCACUUUUAACAGAUAUUGUUCCUGAAGAACAACAAGCAGAAGGCAAUGCCUUAUUUGCGAUGAUGACUGGAGUAGGAAACUUGGUUGGGACUGCAAUGGGAUCUUUGCAGCUCAGUUUUAUGUUACCUUUUUUUGUCUCCGAUUCUCAAGCCUUAUUUUCUCUUGCUGCUGUUAUUUUAAUAAUUACGGUUUCUUUGUGUUGUUAUUAUGUUCAUGAAACUCCAGUUGGAGUUUUGAGUCGUAGUGAAUCAUUUGCUCAAAGAUUUCAUUCGGACCAAGGCAUCCUUAAAUUACUUGUGAAUGCACCUCGUCCAUUUUGGAGAGUCUUUAUUGUGCAAUUAUUUACUUGGUAUGGCUUCUUUACAGUAUUUGUUUAUGCCAGUGUAUGGGUUGGUCGAAAUGUAUAUAAUGGUAAUGGUGCUUUUCCUUUAAACAGUCCACAACUUCAAGCAUAUGAUGAAGGAGUACGUUUGGGCAAUCUUGGGUUGAGUUUGGAUGCUGCAGUAGCAAUGGGAUAUUCGACCAUUCUUCCACGUCUUAUAGAAAAGUAUGGAAUGGGAUUCAUGUAUUGUUUUUCACAAUUAGUAGAAGCAUUUUGCUUGGUAGUUCCUUUCUUUAUAAGAGGGCCUUCUCAGGAACGGUCUCCUUCCUUAUCAUUGAAAGUACUGACUUUGAGUAUUCUUGCACUGUUUGGUAUACCUUGGUCUAGUACGAUGACUAUUCCUUGGGCUCUGAUGGGAACUGCAGUCUAUCGAGUAGAUCCUAAUCGAAUCGGACUGUAUUCUACUUUUUUUAAUCUGAGCCAAUCUGGACCUCAGCUAUUGGUUUCUUUAGGGUCUCCAAGAAUACUAAAAAAGACAGGUGAUGUAAGCGUUGUUCUAUUAUUAGGAGGUUUGAGUGCGAUGAUAAGCGCCUCUUUGGUAUACAUAUUGCGAGUUUAUAUUUUAGAAAAUGAUGAAACAUCGAACGGUUCACGACUGGUAUCAAAUCAUGCUAGUUUUUCGGAAUAGCAACAUGGGCGACUAUUCUUUGGCCUUUUUUGGUACAUUGAAGAAUAUCACAUGAUAAGCUGGUACUAUCUUUGGAUGUAGACAAUCAUUUGUAUAUUACAACUAAUGCAUGUUGUCAAUAAACCCCCAAAUGGGCAAAUGGGUUUAAAAAAAAAUAG